AUGGCAGGCCAGACUACCACUGCAACAACCUUGUUUCUCUUGAUGUCCAUGAUACUGAUGAUCAUAUUGUUACUAGACUUCUCAUAUGUUUGUCAUGCAGAUCCUGAUCCAGUUGAUGACAUUUGCAUUGCUGAUUUAAGUACAGGCCAGAGAUUUGCAAAUGGGUAUCCCUGCAAACCGGCCUCACAAGUCACAGCAGAUGAUCUCGUCUCUGAUGUCCUAGCCAAGGAGGGCAAUACCAGCAAUGUGUUCGGCUCCUUCACUACACACGGCACUGUCGUAAAGUUCCCGGGCCUCAACACCAUGGGCAUGUCCAUGAAUCGUGUCGACUUUGCACCCGGAGGCAUCAAUGCACCACACACUCACCCUCGUGCUUCGGAGCUUGUGAUAGUCGUUCGGGGUACACUAUUCAUCGGUAUCAUUACAGCUGAUAACAAGUACUUCUCCAAGGUGGUGAAGAAAGGUGAGAUGUUCAUUGUGCCCCGGGGUCUCAUGCAUUUCCAAUGCAACAUUGGCAAGGGGAAGGCACAGACAUAUGCAGCUUUUAACAGUCAGUUGCCAGGAGGAAUCAGUGUUCCCAAGUCUCUCUUUCGAUCAACACCCUCAAUUCCUGACGGCCUUCUUUCCAAGGUCUUCCAGCUUGAUGAAGCCACUGUCAGAGCCUCUAAAGCUAAAUUAGUUAAUAUCUGA